AUGGAGGCGCUUGAAAAUUCUACAAGUAAUAACCAUUCUUCCGUCGGAUCUAGUUCUGAUAAAUGUGCUUUCAGUAACUCUGGAAAUUCGGCCGAAGGUGUUAUUAAAAAGAAUGUUCAAAAGUUUGGCCAUGUUGUGUCUAAUCCCUGUGAGCCUAUUGUUACGCCAAAGUCUAAAAUAUUUAAACCUCAAGUUUCCGUCACAUGUCAACAUGGGUGUCCUCAAGACUGCCAACCUCAAAAUGUCCCUAAUGAAAAUAUUUUGAUUGAAGUUAUUAAGUGUCUUUCGCAAGCCAUAACAAGAUGUGAACAUGUAGUCGCUGGCUCAUUGCCGAAGGAAAGCAAGAUUGUUCAGUCUUCAAAUAUUUCUGUGUUUUCUCCCAACCGAGUAAUAGAUUACGAGAGGUCCUUAAAUGACAAUGUAUCUCAAGAAGUUGGAGAGUCGAAAGAAGGAUUGGCUCCUGAGUUUAAAAAUGAAAACAAGUUGAAAGUAAAUGACGUUGAGGCUAAAGUUGUUAUUUCUAAAACGUGUCAUGGCUUAUCUGUCUCGAGUGACCCUGAGGCUGGGUCGCACGUGACUGACAGUGUUUCUUUGCCUACCAAUUCCUAUAGACUUGAUUCUAUUUAUCCUUUCAAGGGUGACAGUUUUGAUGUAUCUGUAACGAUAGAAGAUUUUAAAUUUCCUGCACUUAUUGACACCGGAGCAGCUGUUACAGCAAUCAGUUCUCAAGUUUGGGACAAGUAUCUUAGUCAUAAAAAUUGUUGUUUAGAUUCCUCUUCGACCAGUCGUGUAACGUCUGUGAGUGGUUCUUAA